UACUUCAUUUAGAUUUGGUUCCCCCGCAAGCUUUUACUUCUAACGCUGUUACCGAUAUAAAACUAUGAUUAUCUAAAUCGAAGUGCAGUCGGUACUAGUGGCUGGAUUUAUUUAGAAUAGUUGAAUUCCUAAACUGCUCAGGACAUGAUAUGGACGUUGGUUCUAGUUGCUAUAUUAACACCUACUUAUUACACUUUAGAAUACGAUGACAUAGACAUAUUAACGAACUAUGAUGUUCAAUUUGCCGCCAUAGCUCAGGAUCAAGCGGCCCAGAAGGCGAAACAAGGUUUCAGUGCUGGUAGCAGCUUGCGGAGUAUUGCAGAAGGAAGUUCAAAUGCUGCUGACGAUGCUGUCAAUAAUCAAGAUGCCGCAGGUCACCAAGCAGCCUACGUUGCCAAAAAUACUUUAGCGCAAUCAGCUGCAGCGGCUUCCGCUACAGCCCAAGCUGCAUUAGCAGGAAAACAAAUUCUUCUUCAAGGACUGGAACAACAAUUUAGAGACGCUAAAACAGGUCUUAUGGGUGAAAAACAACAACUGAUGCAGGCACAAAGAGCAGCUGACCAAACGAACAGAGCAGCUAUGGAAGCCAGACAACACGUCCAAGUUCUGCAGAACACUCUCAAUGCGGCCCAAGCUGCGGCAGAUCACGUUACCCAGGCAGCAAAUGAAGCUGCUGGGGAGUUAGCUGCCCAGCAAGCCAUGGUUGGGUCAGCAAAGGAUCGAUUAGAACAGAUAGGAAAGCAACUAGCGGCCGUUAGGAUCGACUUUCAAGCGACACAAGCUGCAGCACAGAAAGCGCAAGCUUCGGCUCAAGCAGCUGCGGCUAAUGCAGCGGCAGCCGCCGCAGCUGCUGCAGCAGGUCUCGCUAAAAAUGCUGGAAAAAUCCCACUUCCCCCUCCGCCUCCGCCCGCACCAAAGCCAGAUAAAAAUGGAGGUGGCGGAAAUGGGGGUGGAAAGAAGGGAGGUGGAGGCGGUGGACAAGGAGGAGGAUCUGCUGGAGGAAACGGUGGAAAAUCUUCAAAAUACAGCGCAGAAAGCGGUGAAUACGAUCAACAUUCUUUCUAUCACCCUAUCUUUUAUGCGGAAAGUUAACAAAAUUUUCUACAAGAC